CGUCAUAUUAACGUGCUUCUUCUUUUCUAGGAAAUACAGUCUUUAUGACAGACAGUCCGCCACCGUAUCCCGGCAUACAGCCAGGAUACGGAUACGCGAGCGGCCCGCCACAUCAAGGCGCCGGAGGUGCAGUGGGUCAACCAGGAGCUCCUGGAUGGGCUAAUCCGAAUUACAAUAACCAGCCGAUGUCCCAUGCAGAUGCAAAGGCUGCUGAAGCUGCACAGAGCGCAUAUUAUGAUCCUAAUAGGCCUCAAUGCGCUUAUGUUCCACCACCCGAAUAUUACGAGAGUCCACCAGCCUAUACAAAGAAAUAUCAGUGAAAAUGUAUCGCAUUACACAAGCUAAUUAUAUAGUGCAAUCGAUAUGCAUUCCACUUUAGGCGAAUACUGCAAAUUUGCUGUCGCGCAUUUAACGUAGCAAACUGUCGACGUUUGUUACACAGCAACUCUUGAAUCUGAAUACGUAGAUUCAAGAUGAUGGUUAAAGGUGCACUAGAUUUUUCUCGUUACAGCUAUGCAAUGUUAAAGCACAGGUAUUACUGCAGGUAUUUGCAACAAUACUACUAUGUAUUAAUGCGAGUAUUAACAAUAAUUUCUUAUGUACAUGUUAUUUCUUGAAAACGAUUGUAUUGUUGUGUUUCACACGAGUCUAUAUAAUUACGGAAUAAAUGUUUACACACAUGUAAAUACGUAAACGAUUUGUAUGACCAUGAAUUUACUAUAAAUGAAUAUGUAUAUAUUA